UGGAGAGUUUGUCGAUCUUCUAAAUAAGAUUUCAAACUAUAUAUUGCUCGUGCGAAGCUUAAUUGUAACUCUAAAUAAAGUUACUAGUGGAGCUAAAUUUAUCUCCACCUCUUGUUCUUUUCGCUAUCCCGGUAAGAUUAGCCUUAACUCGAGCCGCUUGAAACGACAUACAACUAUACUACGUACACAACAAUACUACAUCACCAAAUCCAAAUAACCAAAUCACCAAAAUGCUCGGUCGCAUCCUCCUCACCCUCUCCGCCCUCAGCCAAGGCAUCUCCCCCUUCAUCGCCGACUGGAACGAAACCCACAUCUACAACCCCCGCUGGCCACCCCACGCCAAAUUCCACAACGGCCAAACAAUGUCUAUGGGCGUGCUACUCUGUCUCGUAACACUAUACUACACCUGGCGAUUCCCAAUCACUCCAACCGUAAACCGCAAAGCGAAAGUCGAGAAGAAAGAGCAAGAAUCUGAAACAUUGGAGUUGAGGAUGAGGAAGGAAAUGAGGAAGGAAAUGGUGAGGGAUAGUAUGGUUACGGCGGCGAUUGCGGGGAGUUUGUAUUGGAUUGCGGGAUUGAGUGCGAUUUUGUAUCCGGGGAGUAGGGCGACGGAUCCGGAGUUUGGGGAUGGGUUUCCGCAGGCGGUUAUUUUUCCUUUGUUUGGGGGGAUGGCGGUUGUGGGGGCUUGGUUGGAGGUUGUGGGUUUGAGAGGGGUUUGAAUGUAAAGAGUGAGAAGUGGAUGGGAGAUUGAGGAGUGGAGGGGGAAAGGGGAAAGGGGGAGGUG